CUGCUUUCCUGCGGUCAGUCAGUCCGGGAGCAACUUCCGUUUCCGCUUGGCUCCGGCUGGAGGGUUUAUUGAGUGUCGUGAGAGGUCAGAUUGCUGUCAGACAUGGCCCAUGGACACGGACAUGAACAUGGUCAUAGUAAAUUAAAACUUCCAGAUUAUAAACAAUGGAAGAUAGAAGGGACACCAUUAGAAACUGUCCAGGAGAAGCUGGCUGCACGAGGGCUAAGGGAUCCAUGGGGCCGCAAUGAAGCUUGGAGAUACAUGGGUGGCUUUGCAAACAAUGUUUCCUUUGUUGGUGCAUUAUUAAAAGGAUUCAAAUGGGGAUUUGCUGCAUUUGUGGUAGCUGUAGGGGCUGAAUAUUACCUGGAGUCUCGGAAUAAAGAUAAGAAGCAUCAUUGAAGAAAAUACCUGAAAGUAUCUUGAAGUCUUCUUAAUUCUCCUAUAAAAAUAAGAUUUCAUCAACAUAGCCUACUCAUCUGUGUAUUUUCCCAAAUAAUACUAGUAAGAUUUAAUAAAGUAAGAAUACAUGU